UAAUAAUAUAAGAAAGCUUGUGGAUCGUAAAGAGCUACGUGUCUAAGUUAGAGAGCUAGCAUCGAGUUCAUAAGCUGGUAAAUUAAAGAAAUGGGUGAUGAACAAGAUCCACUUCUGCCAAUAGCCAACGUGGGUCGGAUUAUGAAACGAAUCCUGCCACCAACUGCCAAGGUUUCGAAAGAGGCUAAGGAAACAAUGCAAGAAUGUGUGACGGAGUUCAUAAGCUUCGUAACAAGCGAUGCAUCCGACAAGUGUCGCAAAGAGAGUCGCAAGACGAUAUAUGGAGAUGACAUCUGCCGGGCAUUGGGUGCUGUAGGGCUUGACAACUACGCUGAGGCUAUCGUAAGGUAUUUACAUAAAUAUAGGGUAGCAGCACUUAACCAACACAAAGCAACAACCAGCAGCUUUGAAGACAAAAUGAAGAAUCGGAUCGAAGUGGCGAGCCAUCUAAUCAAGAGGAUGAAACUACAACUCAACAAGUCGUGAUGAACAUUUUUAUAUAGUAUUACGUUGAUAUAUGGUAAAUUUAGCUUUGCUCUUUGCUUGCAUGAACUGAGUAGUCGCUAUAUAUGUACGAGUGUGUUCGGUAUUGGUUUAUGUUGAAGUUUUAUAUCUAAUUCUGUUAAGUUGGCUGGUUCACAGAGUAAAAA